AGCUUCGAUAAGAGCCUUGCCUUUUUUCUUUGCAAACCCCAAAUUUCAAGUUACACCCCCAAAGCCAUAACCAACGAGAAGAUUAGAAAAGCUGCCGAUCCCCUAUCAGAAAUGCGCAUCUCCGCAUAAGCCAGGGUACCUAGCCGGCUGCACUGCGACGGUCAGCUCGGCUCUAUCAGCAUCCGGACGAGGGCGUUAAUGGGGCGUCGUGAUAAGGCGCGAACUCUGCAGCUUCGGCAGCGUACAGCUAAGCUGCGGUGGGACGUGACGGAGCUAUGCGAAGAUAAGCAGGAUCACAUCCAUCCAACGCGAUGGAAAGAUUAAUCCUUGCUGGACGAAGGAAUGAGUUCGUAUAAGUACGGCUCGCGAAAUCAUGGCCAGUCUAAUCCAAGCUGGAGGUUUACCUCUACCCUCGACGAUACGCUUUCUCGGAGUCGAAGAUGGGGUUUUGGGAUUUUGCAUCCCGAGGCGCAACGCUUCUGUACUGUGCGUGCUCGGUUUUGGCGGCGCCUCAAAAGCGCGGGGCUUGGAAAAAUCUGCAAACAACGCAGCACGGUGGCGUCGCGUUUGAGCUUGGUAAUCAAACGUACCUAGCGAAUAUCGAAUAUCCCAAAGCGAUUAUCGCCGGCAACUACUCUGCCAUAGCGAACAAACAAAAUUCCCCGGUGCCAUCGACGGUCAUAUUCGCGGGGGAUGAUGUCGUGACGGGUGAUUACCUGCAGCGUGUAAUCGCAAGCUACCUGGAAGCCGACGAUGUAUUUUCGGAGGACUUCUUAGAGGCGGUAUAUAUCGCUAGCAACAGUACGGGUGGCAAUCCAAAACUCGACGCAAGUGCGUUGGCGUACCUAAGCAGUCUCGCGCCUAAGCACGUAUUCCUGGACCCUAGCUUUGGAGGAAGCCAUUCCCAAGCCCCAUCAAACAGCCCUAUCACAUAUAUCGCAUCCCCGAACAACCUUACCGCCGGACCAUACGCCGCCUCCAUCUCCGAGACUUCGAUAGCGUUCAGCACAGUAUACCGCCUCUACCGAGACUCUUACCGAGAUUUCCUCUACGGCACCUACGAUUCCAACGAUGGAACCGACUCCUUCUACCCCCUCUCUAUCCACCAAUCCCGAUUCUGGGACCCGAUGAUCCCAGUACCUUCGCGGAUCUACAGCUGGGGCGACACACGACCGCUCGCAGGAGCCCGCGUCGCCAUCAAAGACCUGUAUGACAUGAAAGGCCUCGUAACGUCGGGCGGCAGCCAAGCCUGGGCAUCCAUUACCAACCCCGCGAACGUGACCGCGCCAUCUGUCCAGCGCAUCGUGGAUUUGGGCGGCGUGCUAGUGGGCAAGUACAAGCUAGCGCAGUUUGCGUCCGGCGCGGACCCCUGGGAAUGGCAGGACGAGCAUUAUCCGUUCAACCCGCGCGGUGACGGGUGGCUAACCUGUUCUGCGAGCUCGUCGGGGGGUGGGUGCAGCGUCGCAGCAUACGACUGGCUCGAUUUCGCGAUCGGAUCGGACACGGGGUCAUCGAUGAGGCGGCCGGCGGCUGUUUCGGGUACGUACGGGAAUAGGCCGAGUCAGGGGAUGAUGAGCCUAGAGGGGGUUAUGCCACUUGGCGCCGCAACCGACACGGCGGGGGUUUUCUCGCGGGACGUAAAGGAUUGGGUUCGCUUCGCAAAGAAUUGGUAUAUCCCCGAGCUAUGCCAGGACUCUUCGAUUACGGGCUUGAGUCCCCUUGUCGUACCCGAUUCGUACGGGUUUCCGAAGCGAAUCUUGUAUCUGACGGAUUACUUACCACUGAAGAAUCCUGCCGCCGAGGAUAUUUUGCAGGCGUUUAUUCGCAACAUGACGACGGUGUUCGGCAUGACGGUAGAGGACUUCAACCUUACCGCAGUCGUCGGAAAUACAACUGACGAAGUCCCUAAGUACGGCGCCCUCAACAACGCGACCCAGAUCCUCGACACCAUAACGCAGUACCAAGAAGUCGGCAAACCGCUCCUCGAAGCCUGGAGCGCUCUCUACGACGGGCGCUUCCCGCCCAUUGAUCCAGCACGCCGACCCUAUUGGAAAAACUACAACGAAUCCGUCAACAGCGAUGCCCUGUACAACGAAUCUCUCACGACCAAGCGCGCAGCCGUAGACUGGUUCGAGUCGAAUAUCCUAUACUCGACACCGGAGUCGUGCAGCGAAAGCAUCAUGCUCUGGGACAUCGGGACGGGCGGGCUACCGAGCUACCGCGAAGCGUCGCUAAACAACAACCCGAACACGACGGCAUUCCUAGCAGUAACACCGCCGGGGGCGGGUAUCAAUGGCGCGAGCCUAUGCCCGAUCUACGGGUGCGUCGACAUGACGAUCCCGAUCGGCCAGGUGCCGUACACGAGCAACGUGACAUUCGUCGAGGAGAUGGUUCCGGUGACAGUGAGCGUGAUUGCCAAGAGGGGUUGCGACUUCAUGCUCUGGAACAUGUGGGAGAAGCUCGCGGACGAAGGCUUGUUGAAGACUAUCAAAACGGGGAGGACUGCGUUUUGAGCGGAAGAGGAGGGGGGUUGAAAAUAGUGAUAAGGGGAGAGGGAUGGAGGUACAUAUUUAAGCUGAAAGCUGAGGGUUGUUGAGUUGGUUGCAGUUAGAUUAUGCCUUCGAAAUGAUAAUAUUGGUCGUGCCGUACCAAGCCGUGGAUAAGUUACAUCCGGACUCCUUCUCACAUCCCGUCUUACUACGCAGAUGCGAGGCGCGACAACGCGACACCAACCCUUUUGCUAUCGAGUGUUCCUGGUGAUCAUCUAAAUGACACAGCCAGGUAUUCGCAUGUCAAUAUGAAGUUACCUCAGUUCCAGCAUUCGUUAGUUUCACGUGGCGUUCAACUCUCCUGUCGCCUAGCGCGCUACCUCGGCCCAUCACGUACAUUCCUAUUCGGUGUUCGGUAUGCGGUAGCCAUGCGCGAUGAAUUGUCUGCUGCGAAUUUCGACGGAAAGGCCCCAUUCGCCACGCGCCAACGUGCAUAUAUAUGUGAAUAUCAGUUCCUCAUGCGUAGUGUAACAGGCGACAGUAUCCAUCCCGCCGGUUGUCGGUGGUGUGUUAUGUAACCAUCGCACAACUAAGAAAAGAAAUGUCCAAUGAUUAAAAAAAUACAAUAGCCCGGAAUAGCGCGAGAGUUUAACAUAGAGUUCAACUAGCCACAUCAGCUUCAAAACUCAAAAU